AUGCGAGAGGAUGUUUCGAGUGACCCGGGAAGUCAUGCAGCAAUGCGAGAGGAUGUUUCGAGUGACCCGGGAAGUCAUGCAGCAAUGCGAGAGGAUGUUUCGAGUGACCCGGGAAGUCAUGCAGCAAUGCGAGAGGAUGUUUCGAGUAACCCGGGAAGUCAUGCAGCAAUGCGAGAGGAUGUUUCGAGUGACCCGGGAAGUCAUGCAGCAAUGCGAGAGGAUGUUUCGAGUAACCCGGGAAGUCAUGCAGCAAUGCGAGAGGAUGUUUCGAGUAACCCGGGAAGUCAUGCAGCAAUGCGAGAGGAUGUUUCGAGUAACCCGGGAAGUCAUGCAGCAAUGCGAGAGGAUGUUUCGAGUAACCCGGGAAGUCAUGCAGCAAUGCGAGAGGAUGUUUCGAGUAACCCGGGAAGUCAUGCAGCAAUGCGAGAGGAUGUUUCGAGUAACCCGGGAAGUCAUGCAGCAAUGCGGGAGGAUGUUUCGAGUAACCCGGGAAGUCAUGCAGCAAUGCGAGAGGAUGUUUCGAGUAACCCGGGAAGUCAUGCAGCAAUGCGAGAGGAUGUUUCGAGUAACCCGGGAAGUCAUGCAGCAAUGCGAGAGGAUGUUUCGAGUAACCCGGGAAGUCAUGCAGCAAUGCGAGAGGAUGUUUCGAGUAACCCGGGAAGUCAUGCAGCAAUGCGAGAGGAUGUUUCGAGUAACCCGGGAAGUCAUGCAGCAAUGCGAGAGGAUGUUUCGAGUAACCCGGGAAGUCAUGCAGCAAUGCGAGAGGAUGUUUCGAGUAACCCGGGAAGUCAUGCAGCAAUGCGGGAGGAUGUUUCGAGUAACCCGGGAAGUCAUGCAGCAAUGCGGGAGGAUGUUUCGAGUGACCCGUGA